ACGGGCCAGGUGCUCCCUCCCUCUUCCCUCCUCCCUCCCCUGGGCCCUGCUCCCUGCCCUCCUGGGCAGCCAGGGCAGCAAGGACGGCACCAAGGGAGCUACCCCAUGGACAGGGUCCCACAGAGACACCCCCACCGAACAUCUCGGGAGCUGCUGGCUGCAAAGAAGACCCACACCUCACAAAUUGAAGUGAUCCCUUGCAAGAUCUGUGGGGACAAGUCAUCUGGGAUCCACUACGGGGUUAUCACCUGUGAGGGGUGCAAGGGCUUCUUCCGCCGCAGCCAGCAGUGUAAUGUGGCCUACUCCUGCACUCGUCAGCAGAACUGCCCCAUUGACCGAACCAGCCGCAACCGAUGCCAGCAUUGCCGCCUGCAGAAGUGCCUGGCUCUGGGCAUGUCCCGAGAUGCUGUCAAGUUCGGCCGAAUGUCCAAGAAGCAGAGGGACAGUCUUCAUGCAGAAGUGCAAAAACAACUGCAACAGCAGCAGCAACGGGAGCAAGUGGCCAAGACCCCUCCAACUGGGAGCCCCGGAGCAGACACCCUUACAUACACUUUAGGGCUCUCAGAUGGGCAGCUACCACUGGGCGCCUCACCUGACCUGCCCGAGGCCUCUGCUUGUCCCCCUGGCCUCCUAAGAGCCUCAGGCUCUGGGCCACCAUAUUCCAAUACCUUGGCCAAAACAGAGGUCCAGGGGGCCUCCUGCCCCCUUGAGUAUAGUCCAGAACGAGGCAAAGCUGAAGGCAGAGACAGCAUCUAUAGCACUGACAGCCAGCUUUCUCUUGGAAGAUGUGGACUUCAUUUUGAGGAAUCCAGGCAUCCUGAGCUUGGGGAACCAGAACAGGGUCCAGACAGUCACUGUAGUCCCAGUUUCUGCAGUGUCCCUGAGGCACCAUAUGCCUCUCUGACAGACAUAGAGUACCUGGUACAGAAUGUCUGCAAGUCCUUCCGAGAGACGUGCCAGCUGCGACUGGAGGACCUUCUACGGCAGCGUACCAACCUCUUCUCACGGGAGGAGGUGACCAGCUACCAGAGGAAGUCAAUGUGGGAGAUGUGGGAGCGCUGUGCCCACCACCUCACUGAGGCCAUUCAGUAUGUGGUGGAGUUUGCCAAGCGGCUUUCAGGCUUCAUGGAGCUCUGCCAGAAUGACCAGAUCAUACUACUGAAAGCAGGAGCAAUGGAAGUCGUCCUAGUCAGAAUGUGCAGGGCCUACAAUGCCAACAACCAUACAGUCUUUUUUGAAGGCAAAUACGGUGGUGUGGAGCUGUUUCGAGCCUUGGGCUGCAGCGAGCUCAUCAGCUCCAUAUUCGACUUUUCCCACUUCCUCAGUGCCUUGUGUUUUUCUGAGGAUGAGAUUGCCCUCUACACAGCCCUGGUUCUCAUCAAUGCCAACCGUCCUGGGCUCCAAGAGAAGAGGAGAGUGGAGCAUCUGCAAUACAGUUUGGAGCUGGCCUUCCAUCAUCAUCUCUGCAAGACUCACCGCCAAGGCCUCCUCGCCAAGCUGCCACCCAAAGGGAAGCUCCGGAGCCUGUGCAGCCAACAUGUGGAAAAGCUGCAGAUCUUCCAGCACCUCCACCCCAUCGUGGUCCAAGCUGCCUUCCCUCCACUCUAUAAGGAACUCUUCAGCACUGAUGUUGAGUCCCAUGAGGGGCUGUCAAAGUGACCUGGAGGAAGGACAACUUUCUACUUCCUUCAGCCCUCUGACCUGCCUCCCUGGACUCCCUUUGCCCAGCCCUUUCCCUUUCUGCACUCUAUGAAGGGUGGUAUCCCUAGGAGUAAGCAAAUCCUAAGACUGGUUUCCUACCCCUAGGCUUGCCUGGUAGCACAACAGCAGCAAGUGAUUGAGGAAAGGCUUGUUACAUGUACUUCCCAUAAGUUCCACCCUGGCUUCUGGAAGCUGUGGGGUAGAUGGGAUAUAGGAUGACCAAGUCAAACAAACAAACAAAAAAACAGACCGACAAACAGCAGGGAUAAAUCCAGGUACCUGGGAUAAGGAGAACUCAAAUCUAGGCUCAAAAGCAAAUAAUAGUCCUUUCAAUACCUCAUUGUAUUUCCCCAUGGGCUCCUCCUGGGGAAGAUGGAUCUAGCUCAGAGACUGGUGGCAAGCACCCAGAAGGACCUGUAUAUAAUAAGAAUAUAGAUUCUUGAGACUUUCUGCCUUCCUUCUUCCUAGCUGAGACAUGUUGUUGGCCCCCCCCUCCCCUUUUCUGGGACCUAAAAUGUCUGAAUAUGUAAAGAAUGAGGGUGGGGUGAAGAGAAGGGCCCAGGAUAACUGUUUUAUAGGGUUUGGGAAUGGAGAAAGACAUCACUGGCAAAAUUAGAAUGGAAACCUCUUGUGUAUGCUUUAAAAGUCAAAUUUGUUAGCACAGUCUAAUCAGAGACACACAUCCGCACAGGUGGAGCACACAGCAGCUCUGCUUCCAGUGACACGGUUCUGUAGACUUUCCCUCUAGCACAAUCUCUUCCUUGAGGUUCUUAGGGGAAAGUCCCAAUCCACACAGGACACCAGAAUCCAUCCCAGCUCCAGCUGUCUCCUGUCCCAAGAAGUAUCCCUAAGAGAAGCAGAGGGCUGGAUGCUGACCAGCCAGAAACCCAAGGACCAGCGAAGGUGCCCUUGACUUCAUUCUCUAUAUGGUCUCUCUAUGAGGAAAGAGGGCAGCGCCAUCCCCUACUCUGUCCUGUGUGCUGCUGACGCCAGCGUGAGGGAGUGACUAGGAACAGGACAGGAACCUGUUUCCCCUUCCAUAAUCUUGCUCAGAAUUUCCUCUCGGUUUUGUAAAGCCGUAAUUCUCCUAGGAGGUAUACGCCGCAGAUGAGAGGGAGGAAGGGAAGUUUUUUUUCUUCUUUCCUCUCCGUGGAAGGGUUUAGCUAGUAAACAUAAUCCCAACCUGUGCCACUCUUUAUAAACCGAUUUCAAAG